AUGGCGAAGGGCCUCUUUGGGCGAGCUGUUGCCCAAUAUCCCGCUCUCUUUCGAUCUGAUAAUCGGCGAGUCAAUCUUAACAAAGCACGGGAUUGGUGCAACAAGCGGGACACUACUCGUGUAAAACUCGCUGAUAGCAAGCAACUGAAGUAUGGCAGCAGCAUACGAGGCGCACGACAGCAAUUCGUAGUCAAGGCUCUACAUGGUCGCGGUCGCAAGCUGGAAGCUCAGUGGCAAUGGCUGUAUCCGCAGCUGUUAAGUGAAUUCGAAAGGCUACGACGCGCAGGAGUGAAGUUUUCGAUUCGCUUGGUAGUCGACAUGGCUACAGUUCUUAUCGAGGACAGCACCCCCUUCAAGGAAAUGAUUUCAGAGCGCCGUAUACAAGAUUUCAUGGAGCGCUUCAACAUCGUCUACCGUCGAUUAAAGGGCAAUAAGCAGGUCAGCGAGGAAAAGCAGUUGCAGAUCGGCAUUUCCAUUGCAACUCACCUGGGCAAAUUGAAGCGGCAGUUUGACGACAAAAUCAUCGACCCGAACCAGAUAUACAACAUGGACGAAAGCCAUUUUGUAAUUGACCUCGAUGAUGGCAAGACCCUGGACUUUCAGGGCUCUGAAGAGGUCAAAUACCGCAAAAUUGUUUCAGGUAAUUAUUUUGGCGUUUUGGCGGGAAGGUAUCACGAUGUGUGUGCUCUUAAGAGGAGGUUCCAACGCCAAGAUACUAUGUCCGAUGCUGAUCUUCAAGAAUCCUAA